CAUGUUGUGAUAUUUGAGGAAAUCACAUUCUGGUCGAAGUUCACUAAGGGGGAUAAAAAUCAAAUUUCGGGGUGAGCAUGGAGUUCCCUGGAGGCAGUGACAGUUACCUGACAAUCUCGGGGUCAGGUCAUCCCUUUCUCUCCUCUUCAGAGACGUUCCACACCCCCAGCCUGGGUGACGAGGAGUUUGAAAUCCCUCCAAUUUCACUGGACCCAGACUCUGCCCUCACAGUGUCGGAUGUGGUGUCACACUUUGGGGAGCUGUCUGAUGCCGGACCCUCUGACAGCGUGGUGGUGCCUGGGAACGCCGUGGUCGGAGGCGAUGACCCUUCCUUCGCCUCCACCUUUGUCAACCCCCCUUCGCAGGGCUUGGAACACCUGAGCCUGGGAGUCAUCAAUCAGUCGGGAGCAGGCCCACUCUUGGGGUCCUCACUAAGCAUGGAUCUCGGACAUCCCAUCGGCUCUCAGUUCAGCAGCCCAUCCCCAAUGACCAUUGAUGUUCCGCUGAAUGACAUGAGCCACGGCUUACUUGGGACCAACCAGCUCACUACCAUUGACCAGUCAGAGCUCAGUGCCCAACUGGGGCUAGGUUUGGGGGGCGGGAAUAUUUUACAGCGCACCCAGUCUCCCGAGAACCCUCUGUCGGCCACGGCAUCGCCCACCAGCUCCCUCCAGGAUGACGACAUGGAUGACUUCAGACGGAGCGUCCUGGUGGAAUCUCCUGUCUCUCUCGCCGUCUCACCCGGAGUCAUCUCCCUCGACCCCUCCCUCACCGACUCCCCCCUGCCUGUCCCUGCCUCCGGCGCCUCCCCAGCCAUGGGGCGUAAAGGGGGCGCGGGGGGAGGUGGGGGCGCCGGGGGAGGAGGGAAGAAGGGGAAGAAGAAGAAGGACCCCAACGAGCCUCAGAAACCGGUGUCGGCCUAUGCCCUGUUCUUCAGGGACACGCAAGCGGCCAUCAAAGGACAGAAUCCCAACGCCACGUUCGGAGAGGUGUCAAAGAUUGUAGCCUCCAUGUGGGACAGCCUUGGGGAGGAACAGAAACAGGUUUACAAAAGGAAGAAUGAAGCGGCAAAGAGGGAGUACUUGAAAGCACUGGCAGCCUACAGAGCCAAUCAGAUUUCUCAGGCCCCUAUAGAAGUGUUGGAUGCUGCCCCAUCGCCUCCCUCUGCAGUCCCAACACCGGUCACUUCCACCCCUCCGGUGGCCCCAGCUCGCCCCACCAGGGCCCAGCAAUACAACCCCGAGGAGAACACCAUCACCAACAUCUGCACAUCCAACAUAAUCCUCGACCUGCCACAGGUCUCCACUCGCUCCCGAACUGGCGCCAUCAAACCGCCACAGGUCUCUGCGCCAGCCCCGAGCCCCCCCACCGUCACCAAGAUCAUCAUCAAGCACGCGACGUCGCCCUCAGGUGGCGUGACCAUCACAGCUUCACCGUCGCCAUUGACGACGGCCUCAUCUGCCUCAGCCCGUCAGCCCCCGCCACUCCAGCAGAUGCAUGGCACCCCUCCCCCACCCCGCCUGCAGCAGAUGGUGCAUGCCCAGGCACCCCCACCCCUGCAGGCCAAGCCGCGGAGCGGGGGCACUGCCACUUCCACGGCUCCGCCCCCUCUGCAGAUCAAAAUAGUCCCGCCGUCGUCUAACCUGGGGGCGCCCAUCAGGAUAACAUCUGCAGGGGCCUCGGCGGCCCCCCCCUCCACCCUAACGAUGGAUGUGGACCAGCAUUCUGAUAUGGUAACUGCAGGAGAGGAAAUGGCUGAGGUAGAGGAAGGGAUGGAGGUGGAGGUGAAUGUGACCCCUGGACCAGACGUUACCCCCAAUUCCACCCCCAACUUAUGUUUGCGGGCCGGCUGCAACAACCCCGCUGUGGAGAGCAAAGACUGGGACAAUGAGUAUUGUAGCAAUGAGUGUGUUGCCACACACUGCAGGGAUGUGUUCAUGGCGUGGUGUGCCAUCCGAGGGCAGAACUCCACUACUGUCACAUAGGGAAGGGACACACGUUGGACAGGCAACUACAGGACAUAAUAGGAAAAAAAAGGACACUAUUGAAUAAAUGGGAUGGUUGAGAGUGUGAUAGACAGGUCAUGGGGUCAAAUGGCACUUGCAUGUAUGGUUUGUUUUAUCAUACUUGUGUGCCAGGAGGGUGGGGUUUUUACUGCAUGAUACAAUACAGUGUCUACCAGGAAUUUAAUGGAGUCAAUUGUAUACUUAAUCUGCGAUCAACAAUUUUCUCAACAGAUGAAUUGUUAAAAUGUUAAAAACCCCACCCGACUGGCUUUCUAGAGAGGUCAAAGCAAACGCACAGGUUUUUUUUCUCUUCAUUUUUUGGAAACUACUAUUUGACCCAGACCUAAUGGCUGUGUGUGAAAUGGAUGGAGUGACGGAAGGAUGGAGCCGUCAUGAAGAAAACAGGACACGACUAAUAGGAGAGACUUGGUUUCACCACUAUAGACCCUGUCCUUGUACCCAGACUCAUGGAUGGGAAAGCUACGAUCAUUGAUCUUGUGUUUAAAUUAUAAACUUCAUAAAUGAGUACAUUUUAUAUGAACAUUGUGUUUUUAGCUGUUUUUGAAGAUGUGUUGGGGUAAUCUUUUUUUUUCAAAGCGUAAUUGAUAUGGCUCAGUGAUUUCAAAGAGAAACUACUUCAUGUGUGCAUGCCCUUCACUCGGCUGAUGGAACUGAGGAGCGAGAAAAGUAAUCCAGGCCAACGUGAUUUAUGUUAAAUCAUGCUUCAGUAAUUUAUGCGUGUUGAAGGCUGGUGGUAACUUGGUUUCCUGAUUGAUCUGUUAAGCCAGUGUACAACAUAUGACCGAUUUGGCUGCAUACAGCCAAUCACAGUGAAGUUAAUUUUGAUUUUUACGGGUGGGCAAACCAUUACGAGACCGCUAUGGGGCUUGUGCAGCCAAAACUAAAAAAAAACAAACAAAAAAAACAAAAACAUUCAAAACUUUAAAAAAAACUAAAAAAAACAAGACAUAUGCUUGAUGUCUCACAAGUUUUGUCUACACUACAGUUUUGGGGGAUGACCAACCAUUGUUUGAAAGUCUCAUUUUAAUUUUAGAAAUGGCCUUGUUUGAAGAGUUGGGGAGAUGUUGGGCUCUCCAUUCCCAGCAGUUUAGGCACAAAAAUAUCAAUCUGUACUGUACCUCUAUUAUAUAAUUUUAAAAAUUAUGAGCUGCUUGAAUAAGUGGCAGACAUUUUAACAAGGAUUUUUUUUUUGAGAAAAAUGUGGCAAAGACAUAGUAGGCAAAAAUACUGAACUAAGUUCUUAACUACGCUACUUGGUGGGAAGGGGAUUAAAAAGCUUUUUUUUUUUUUUUGGACAUAACACACUUCAUCAAUACUUCAGUCGAACCUUUAAACAGUGUAAGGUUGCUUCCAAAGGAAGAAUGUUAACUGUUACCACUUGGGUCGAAAUCUUGAGAAAGGAAGAUUUGAAUAAUUAUGGAUUAAUGUAGAUAUCCUGGAAAUGUUUUUAAU